AUGAUUGCUAGUACAUUAACACGUAAUUCAGUUAAUCCUGUAUGGCUUACUGCAAAUACAACAUUAACUAAUUAUCAUCAAUCAUAUUCAACAAUUAAAAAAGAAGCUGCAACACAAACAUAUGGAAUUUAUUAUCCAAGCGCAAAAGAUAUUGAUUUAAUUAUAACACAAAAUAAAAAAUUAUUAAAUGAAAAAGAAUUAAAAGAAUAUCGUCCAAUAUUAACAUCUACAAGUGAACCACGUAUGGGUAAUGUGAUUCAUGCAACUGUACAUGAAAAUGAAUAUCAAGUAACUAUACAAACAGUAUUUCGUAAACCAGAAAAUCUUUCACAAUCACCAUUUUUUAUUAAUAAAACAAAUGAAUAUUAUCCAAUAGAUAAUGAACGAAGUUCACCAUAUUCAAAUACAAUUUAUUCUGAUAGUAGGCAAAAACGAGGUAAUACAGCAUUACAUGAAUGUUGUUUAUUAGGACUUGAUGGUGCUGAACCAUUAAGAAUUCUUCUCAAACAUGGAGGUGAUGCAUCUUGGUUAAAUGGUAAAAAUGAAAGUGUUAUUGAUAUAGCAGCAAAACAAAAUUGUCCAGAAUUAUUACAAGCUUUUUCUAAAUAUCAAAGUGAAAAAAUGCUUAAACAACAUAUGAAAAAUUCUUAUGAUGAUCAUACAAGAAUAAAAACUAUUCAUGAUCCUCAUUCAUCAGAAAAAUUAUAA